AUGCCUGCCAUGGCGAACGGCACGCACCACUCGCCGCGCGUGCGCAAUGGGGAACCGCAGCCUGCCCCCGUCACGACGCCAGAACCAGCCUCCGCAAGGCGCGACCUGACCUCUUGGUGGAGAACGUUCAGCAAGCGCGCCGUGAAGAAGGAAGAAGAAAAAGGACCCGUGCAUGCCAGCAUUUUUGGCGUGUCUCUCAUCCAGAGCAUCCCUUACGCAAACGUUGCCAUAUCACUCUUCAACGAACAAGGCGAGAGCUACAUAUACGGAUACGUCCCUAUUGUAGUUGCCAAGUGCGGCGUCUUCCUCAAGGAGAAGGCGACCGACGUGGAAGGUAUCUUCCGGCUGUCAGGCUCAGAGAAGAGAAUCAAGGAGCUCAAAACAGCUUUCGACACCCCACCGCGCUACGGCAAGGGCCUGGACUGGACUGGCUACACUGUACACGAUGCCGCCAAUAUCUUGCGCCGCUAUUUCAACUUUCUCCCAGAGCCCAUUAUUCCUCUGGCUCACUACGACCCCUUCCGUCAGCCUCUACGCAACCACCAAGCAGAAGCCGUUGGUCCUAUCGAGGGACAAGCGCCGUCGUUGGGAGGGUUCGAUCCAGACGCCGCUGUACGCACUUACCAACUUCGGAUCAAAGAGCUCCCAUCGCUCAACCGACAGUUGUUGCUGUACAUUCUGGACUUACUUGCGGUCUUUGCCGCAAAAGCUGAUGUUAACAAAAUGACCACGUCCAAUCUUGCGUCCAUCUUCCAGCCUGGAAUCCUCUCUCACCCCAAGCACGAGAUGUCUCCACAAGAUUACCGACUGAGCCAAGACGUUUUGAUAUUCCUCAUCGACAAUCAAGAUCACUUCCUAAUCGGCAUGGAAGGCACUGCUGUUGACGAGGGCACUGUCAAACAUGUUGAGAGUGGACCGCCGACCCCCCAAGCCAGCAUACCGACCACUCCUGCUCGUGACAAUUCCGGCGUCGUUCGUUCUUCCUCCACAACUUCUAGUGCCGGUGCCGACAGCUUGCGCCAACACGGCGGCAUCCGCCGGAACGUUUCCACGUCCUCAAAACGCUCACGGCAUUCGGGAGCCAUCCCCAGCCCACUUACACCUGCUUUCACUACACCGACCAGUUCUGGUGUGCACCGCAGCAACACCCUCCCUUCGAAGAGAUCGCCUGCCAUUGGUAGCCCUCGCUUUCCAAAGGGAUCGGGCCCUUCAACGCCUGUUGCUGAAGCUGGCAAGAGUCCGCUGUCGUUCCCAACGUCUAAGGGAGUAGUAGCGAGUGCUCUUCAAGCCGAACAACCAGUACAAGAGCCAGUUUCGAUCGCGGAAGCAGCUCAACUUGCGCUCCCGGCAGCAGAACAAACACAGCCAGCUCAACCAACCGAAGGAUUUGCGUCGCCGACGAGAGCACAGACAUUGCCUCCUCAAAGGAUCGACCUCCCCACACCUUUUACACAUGUGGAAUUUCCGCAGAACAAGCCAACGGCGGAUUUGUCAGUCACACCAGCCAUUCAUGCAAUUCCUGGCGGAUUUCCCCUGUCAUCUCCUCACAUCAUUCCGCCAAGCGAGGCCGCAACUCCGAAUGUACCUGUGCAAGCAAACCAUCAAGGAACGCAGGAGUUGUCCCCCCCAACUAUGCCUGUUCAAGGCACACGUAGCCCUCGUUUGACUCCAACUCGCGAUAGAUCUGAGUUUUUGGAAGCACCACUCGAUUCUCCACCUGAUUCCCUUCCAUUGCGUACCUUCACUCAGAUACUCGGAAAGGCUGGCGCUUCGCCUACUAGUGAGGCCCGGAAGCCAAACAAGCUACAAAAGAAACGGGUCCCCAGCAGUACCAACCCGAGCGCGCAUAGUUCGACACAUUCAUUGCCGGGUGGUCUCAUUGGAAUCGAAGGAGCUCAGGUACCCCCAGGGAUUCCAUCGCCCUUGCAUCCUCCACAGCCUCAAUUUGCACAAGGCCAAUCACACUCGAACAGUUCCAGAGAGGCUCUACAUUCUUACAAUGCGGAUACAGUAUCUUCGCGUAACUCGGGCGUCACCCUCAAACCAACAAUGUCUCCAUCUGCUUCCUUCCGAUCGCACUCGACUGCCACUGAAUAUUCAGAGGCGGAGCUAGCGGAGGAGCCGCAAAGAGAGGAAAAACGUAGUUUCUGGAAGGGUCAUAAACGUGGCGAGAGCAGAGCUACACCUACAGCAAGCCAAACUGACCUCCAUGGCUCCGUACCCGGCGGAGAUAAAAGUAUGAGCUCUUUUGGCAGCAGCUCGGGUUGGGGAGGAGGAGGACGACGUAGUCUGCAGUACGACUCGCAACAGAGCUCAGAGACAUCCAUGAUGUUUGGUAGUCCGCCCGACCAUGAAAGAUCCUCCGAGAAGAAGGGCCCCCUUGCUUGGGUCACGAAGCGAAUGCAGGACCACAAGGAGCGCACAGACAAGAGGGAACGCGCCAGGAGUCCGCAAGGCAACUUGGGCCAAAUGCCUAACCCAAUCCAUGUGAUGAGAGCACAGCAGAUGCAGACUGACAGGACAGCUCCUCAGAGUCCGACGAGACCUUACGAGGCGCAAGUCAAUAGGGGAAGGGCGAUGGAAGUUCCCCGAUCAAAUGGCGAAGAGUCGAACGACGUGACACCUACCGGGUCCAGUUCCCAUGCGCCAACGGUGCAAUCAGCAUCUGAGAUGAGGCAGCUGGCACCGUCAGCAGCCGCAAUUCAGCAGGAACAGCAAUCGCCACCGCCCAUCAACACGUCUACCGCUAUUCAGCCUGCGACUGAGGCUUCGAGUGCCCACCCUGCAAAUACAGUUUCAGAGGCACAACCUUACAUUGGUGCUCCAGCAGUUUCACAUGCUCAGCCUGCGACUGAGACUCCAGUUGCUCAUCCUACAAGCGUCACUUCAGAGUCACAUCCUUAUGUUGCUGCUCCAGUGACUCAGUCAGCUCAGUCAGCGGAAACGAAUCCUACUGGUCAGUCUUCGUUAUCUCGACCACCAACAGCAAAUGGCCCAUCACAGCCGGCAACUACAGCCAGCACUUCGAACGCUGCGCCAAUGAUGGGACUGCCUUUUGAGUUUCCUCGGUCUCGUGAGGCACAUAUUUGA